UGCACGCUUGAGUCGCGGCCACACACACUCUUCCUGUUGAUACAGGAAGUGUAAUUCAGAAAGCUUUCCAGCAAGACAGGGAGCUCCACGCUCAGCCUCAGAGGAAAGAAGCUGGACAGCUAAUUUGGGAGAGAAAGAAAAGGAGCCCGUGAGUUGAGAGCGCGCGGGCGGCCCGAGCUUCGGCAGCGGCGGCGGCAGCGGCGGCGGCGGUGACACCUCCCACCAUGGACAGCUUCGACUUAGCCCUGCUCCAGGAAUGGGACCUCGAGUCGCUGUGGGGUGAAGACAUCCUAAACCAGAGGAAUGACUCUCUAGUUGUGGAGUUUCAGUCGUCAGCCAGCAGAUGCAGGAGUGCCUAUGAGCCAGAUAGAAACGUGUUGCGGAGGAAAGAACGGGAGCGAAGAAAUCAGGAAACUCAACAGGAUGAUGGCACAUUUAAUUCUAGUUACUCCCUCUUCAGUGAGCCCUACAAGACUAACAAGGGAGAUGAGCUCUCCAGCCGGAUCCAGAAUACUUUAGGCAAUUAUGAUGAAAUGAAAGACUUCUUAACGGAUAGGUCCAAUCAGAGUCAUCUUGUGGGCGUUCCCAAAACUGGGGUUCCGCAGACUCCCGUGAGCGAGAUGGGUGAGCAUUCCGUUGCGGAUUCCAGAGCCCAGACCCAGGCCUCGUCCGUCUGUAGCUCUGCACCUUCCACACCAGCGGCUGUCCCGGUGCAGCAGAGUAAGCGGGGCACCAUGGGCUGGCAAAAGGCUGGGCACCCACCAUCUGAUGGCCCACAGAGGGCAACACAACAAGGCUCUCUCAGGACCUUGCUCGGAGAUGGUGUCGGCAGACAGCAGCCACGGGCCAAACAAGUGUGCAAUGUGGAGGUGGGUCUUCAGACCCAGGACAGGCCACCUGCUAUGGUGGCCAAGCACAGCAGUGGCGGACACUGUGUUCAAAACUUUCCUCCAUCCCUGGCUUCCAAACCCAGCCUGGUCCAGCAGAAGCCAACUGCAUACGUGCGGCCAAUGGACGGCCAAGAUCAGGCUCCCGAUGAGUCUCCUAAGCUGAAGUCAUCUACGGAAACCAGUGUGCACUGCACGUCAUACAGGGGAGUCCCGGCCACCAAGCCAGAGUCAGCCAGAACCAAGGCCAAGCUUUCCAAGUUCAGCAUCCCCAAACAAGGAGAGGAGAGUAGAGCUGGAGAAAGCAACAGCUGUGUUGAAGAAAUAAUCCGGGAGAUGACCUGGCUUCCACCACUUUCUGCCAUUCAGCCACCUGGGAAAGUGGAACCAAGCAAAUUUCCAUUUCUAAAUAAGGACUCUCAACUUGUAUCCUCCGGACACAAUAAUCCAAAGAAAAGCGAUGCUGAACCACAGAGCCCAGACAAUGGUCCAGCAAGUACAUCAAUGCUGGAAGAUGACCUCAAGCUAAGUAGUGACGAGGAGGAGAAUGAACAGCAGGCAGCACAGAGAACUGCUCUCCGCACUCUAUCUGACAGCACCGUGGUCCAGCAGAGCAACUGCAGAGCCUCCGUGCCGUCCAGCAAGGGCAGCAGCAGCGGCAGCAGCAGCGGCAGCAGCAGCUCCUCCAGCGACUCCGAGAGCAGCUCUGGCUCCGACUCGGAGACCGAGAGCAGUUCCAGCGAGAGCGAGGGCAGCAAGCCUCCGCACUAUCCCAGCCCCGAGGCUGAACCAGCAUCCUCUAACAAGUGGCAGCUGGAUAAAUGGCUGAACAAGGUCAAUCCCCACAAGCCUGCUAUUCUGAUCCAGAAUGAGAGCCAGGGGCCAGAGGGUAAUCAAUACUACACUCCAGUGAAAGACGACACACAGGAGUGUGGAAAACUCCCGGAUCUUUGCCAAACCAGCCUGAGAGACAAGGAAAUCAAGAGCGCCUGCAAGGAGGAGCAGAGGCCCCGGACAGCCAACAAGGCCCCGGGGAGUAAGGGAGUGAAGCAGAAGUCCCCACCUGCGGCAGUUGCUGUGGCCGUGACCGCAACCGCCCCUCUGCCCGCAGUGCCCAGUGCGCCUGCAGAGAGCACGCCUGCACCAGCUCGGAGGGCAGCAGGCAAGAAGCCCACGCGGCGCACAGAGAGGACCUCGGCGGGCGACAGUGCCAACUGCCACCGGCCCGAGGAGCCCCCGGCCGGGGAUGCUCUGGGAGCCAGCGUGGUGGUCCCCCCAGAGCCCACCAAAAGCAGGCCCUGCGGGAACAGCAGGACAGGCCACAGGAAGGAGCUCCGCUCCUCGGUGACCUGUGAGAAGCGACGUACACGGGGGCUGAGCAGGAUCGUCCCCAAAUCCAAGGAGUUCAUUGAGACAGAGUCUUCGUCUUCCUCAUCCUCCUCAGACUCUGACCUCGAGUCCGAGCAAGAGGAAUACCCUCUGUCCAAGCCUCAGGCCGGGCCCCCCUCAUCCUUGUCCUCUGGCGGUGACCAGAGACUGAAGGAGGCUGCAAACAGCAUCAGCGGUGGGGGCGGCCCCCGGGCCCCCGUUGGCUCCAUCAACGCCAGGACCACCAGUGACAUUGCCAAGGAGCUGGAGGAGCAGUUCUACACGUUGGUUCCCUUCGGCCGGAACGAACUUCUUUCCCCCCUGAAGGACAGUGAUGAGGUCAGGUCUCUCUGGGUCAAAAUUGACCUGACCCUUCUGUCCAGGAUCCCAGAGCACCUGCCCCAGGAGCCAGUGGUCCUGAGCACACCUGCAGCCAAGGACGCAGAGAGCGCACCUCCCACCAGCCUCUUGUCAGACACACCCCCCGAAAAGACUCUGCCAAAAUCCAAGAGGAAACGCAAGUGUGACAACGAAGAUGACUACCGGGAGAUCAAGAAGGCCCAGGCAGAGAAGGAGACCACCUCCCGCCUGACCACUUCCACCAACAAUAUUGUGUCUGCAAAUCACUGCAACACGAGCGUCAGCAGCUUGGCAAUACCAAUAAAUAAAAAUGAAAAAAUGCUCCGGUCACCCAUCUCACCCCUCUCCGAUGCCUCUAAACACAAAUACUCCAACGAGGACUUAAACUCAUCCAGCAGGCCUAACGGCAAUGGGCUGUUUACUUCUGCCUCCUCCACCAAAAAGCAUAAGGCCGAGAACCAGCUGCUCUCUCACGCUGGAGACCUCGCGAAAGCUGCACACAACAAUUCUGACAACGUUCUCCUUCACAACAAGUCACGGCUACAAACGGAGCCAUGGUCUCCCGUCUCCAACGGACACAGGGACUGCAAGAGGCAGAAGCUAGUCUUCGAUGAUAUGCCACGCAGUGCGGAUUAUUUUAUGCAAGAAGCUAAACGGAUGAAGCAUAAAGCCGAUGCAAUGGUGGAAAAGUUUGGAAAAGCUUUGAACUACGCUGAAGCAGCCUUGUCAUUCAUUGAGUGUGGAAAUGCAAUGGAACAAGGUCCAAUGGAAUCCAAGUCUCCUUAUACUAUGUAUUCAGAAACAGUAGAACUCAUCAGGUACGCCAUGAGACUAAAAACCCACUCAGGCCCCAAUGCCACACCAGAAGACAAACAACUGGCUGCAUUAUGUUACCGAUGCCUGGCUCUCUUGUACUGGCGGAUGUUUCGGCUCAAAAGGGACCACGCUGUAAAGUAUUCAAAAGCACUUAUCGACUAUUUCAAGAACUCUUCCAAAGCUGCCCAGGCCCCAUCUCCGUGGGGGGCCAGUGGAAAGAGCACUGGGACCCCAUCCCCCAUAUCUCCCAACCCCUCUCCCACCAGCUCCGUGGGAUCCCAGGGGAGCCUCUCCACCAGCAGCGCCCUGUCCCCGUCACCCAUCGUCAGCAUACCCCAGCGCAUCCAUCAGAUGGCAGCCAAUCACGUCAGCAUCACCAACAGCAUCCUCCACAGUUACGACUACUGGGAGAUGGCCGACAACCUGGCCAAGGAGAACAGAGAAUUCUUCAACGACCUGGAUCUGCUGAUGGGGCCUGUCACCCUGCACAGCAGCAUGGAACACCUGGUCCAGUACUCCCAGCAGGGCCUGCACUGGCUACGGAACAGCACCCACCUGUCGUAGGGACCUCACCCCUGCCAGAUUGCGCUCUCAUCUCCAUGGACAGCUCAAUGUUACUGGACACUGUACCUCUGAAAUUCCCAGCCACAGCAUUUGUCCAACUGCGGCGAAUGUUUCCUCAGCAUCAAACGAUGGCCUUUCCCCCAGAGCACGUGUGUUUGUAUGUGUGGGUGUAUAAGAAGCUGCCUGUUUAUGUACAUUCAAGAUAUGCAGCUCUUCAGGACAUGUUUCCUUUGUCUGGUUUCCAUAAUCUUAAACUAGACAAAGUGAUCAGAGGUUUCUGGUUAGAAGAGUUACACACACACACACAAAAUCACACACACACAUUUUCUAUUCCAAUGCUAAACCAUGACUUGUUAGAAAAUUCAACGAAAAUCUCGUGAGUUGGUUAACCAGGUGUAAUACAGCACACCAAAAGCUUGACUGCCAGUUAAGAUGAACCUAGCUUUUAGACUAUUGAUCUCUUUCAGUAUUAAUAUACUAUUUCCCAAUUAUGUUUUUGAUUGGUGUGUAUUAAUGGAUAAUUGAAUAAUGGAAAUAAGUCAGUUAUUUUUGUGCCAGGAGUUUAAUAGGUUGCAUGUUAUCAAAUACCCUGUCCUCCUUCUAAUACCCGCCCCAUUCCAUCCAACUUGGUUAUCAACUAAAUACAUAACAAGCAAAUGGAUCCAUUCCCACAAGCCUUGCCUGACCCACCCCCAGAUUAGCGUGAAAAUGGCACUAAGAGUUGGUAAAAACCGGUGUCUCUGAAAGUUAACAAACACUCAAGGGAUGAUUGUGUUUUGGAGCUCAGUUAAAAAUUGAAAUCGUUUGCAUACGUGACCACAGACCCAGCCAGUUUCUUCUUCCUGCCCCCAUGACGCAGUGGCAUUAGAGCCAUGUGGCAUUUGUCAGCCAACAUUUUUCAAGUCUUUUCUUUCCACGGAAACCCUGGUGGCAUAGCAGUUAAGAGCUACGGCUGCUAACCAAAAGGUUGGCAGUCCGAAUCCACCAGGUGCUCCUUGAAAACUCUGUUAGGCAGUUCUACCCUGUCCUGUAGGGUCGCUAUGAGUCGGAAUCGACUUGACGGCAGCAGGUUUGGUUUUUGGUUUUGGUUUUCUUUCCACAGUAGUUUUCUCACAAGUUUCCUUGGCCAAAUUAGGACAUUGCCUAAAAUGUCCCUUCACUAAGAGUCAGUGCCCAUUGCUUAUCAGGCUGAGAACUGUUUGCCAUCGUAUUACUGUGCAAUGUUCUCACUCUUCAUGCGGGGGGUGCCCUUGCCGGCCCUUUGUGCAUUUUGAUUGAUUUUUCCGGCUUUGAUUCCCAAGCUGCUUACGGCACAGGGCAGCACUGUUCCCGCACUGGUCCCAAUUCUGUCUGGGGCAGCAACGACCCGAGCAUCCUGAGUAAAUCCUGUACAUCCGAUGUGUUUACUUCUUGUCCUUGGCUCUUUUCUUUUCCUGAACCUUACAUUUUCAUUUUUUUAGUUUCUGUCUGAAACUUAUUUCUAGUGUCGUGUCAUGUCCUAGAUUUAGUCUCUUUGCUAAAUAUGUGUGGAUAUGAGAAUAUUGAGAAGGCAAAAAAACUCCUAAAAAAGAAAAUUUACCUUGUCACACCUUAAAAAUAAUAAUAGGAAUGCCCUCGAGGCCUCUCACUUGACAAAAUUGCAUCAGGACGGUCUGAAAAGACAGGCGGUGCGAUAUGUGGGGCUAUCCCGUUUUCACGGUGAUCGUGGCACAAGGUAUUCAUAACAGGUGUUGGUGCACGUUCUGUCUGAUGCUCUCUUGGUCUGGUUGCAGCGUUCACACUUUGUCAGCCUGAUCUCGAGGUGCGGACAAUGAGAUUGCUGUAAUCCCCUAACGCUAAGCACUGACUCAGAACUGCAAAUGACCAAACUAGUUUGUUGAUUUAAAAUGAGCAAGUGAAGCGCUUGUUAAAUUUGCAUUUGGCUUUGGCCUUCAAGAAUUCUGGAAAUACUAGCAGUUUUCUAGUUUAUAUUUAUCCAACUGAGGUGCUUUCACUAGUUGUUGAUGGAUUUCAUAAUCCAUUCCUAUUUUAGAAAUUUGAAUCAAAUUCUUUUAAAUUUUUUUUUUUUGAAGGACUGAGGCUUAGUUCUGUUUACUUGGUGAAAUCUGAUGAUGAUGUAUUCAAACUCUCAUCAAGGAGUGACCUCGGGGUCCGUCACGCAUCCCUGGGUGCUGUUUUGGUCUUGCCCAUCGUUAAAGUCGAAGGCUUUGUUUUAGCAUCUAUGUGGCGUGCUUACCUACGACACCCACUUAAACACCUGGUGGUCUCGGCCAACUGUCCCAGCAGUGUUUUGUUGUUGGUGUUUCCCAACCAAGCUUCUUGAAACUGGACAUUUGGGGGGAUGAUCAGAGCAUCUUGUCACCACCCCUGGCUUCCUAUCACCUGUCACCAUCUCUGGCUUCAUCUGUGGAACGGGUGGGGACAGAAGUUUUUGCUAGGUUUUAAUACAGGUGAUUUUGGCAAGGAACCGCCUUCUGAUUGCUGCUCGUGAAAGUCAUUCAUAACUUGCCCCUUUCGUUUAGUUUUGUUCAAAGUAGAAACAUCUUCCUUGUGUUUUCUGAUUAUAAAAGAAACAGGCUCAUUGUAGAGAUUCAAACAAUACAGAAAUGUAUAAAGUAGAAAGUGUAAGUCCCCGGUGGUCCCAUCCCCCUAGAUAGACAACCUCUGCUUGCAGUUUGAUGUCUAUCCUUCCAAAGAUGUUUCCCUUGAAACCUGUCACUUUUAUUAUCGUUUCUUUCUAUGUGAAGACAUAUUCUUUCCUCAGAAGUUCCACAUGACCUUAACUGACCUUGUCCUUCCAUGACUGGAAUGGAUGUCUCCCUUUGUCACAAUGCUAGAAUUGGCUGGGGAAGGAGAGUUACCCCACUAUAUUCCAGAUCAGAAUUUUGGCAUUGGUUAUUGCUACACAGAUCAGACUCAUACGCAGAGUUAUGCCUGGAGAGAGAGAUUUGGUUAAAACAAAUAUUUCUGGAAAAUUUCAAAUUGCAAACGGAAAACUCAGACCCACUCUCUAAAGAGGAGUGUACUGGAAAGGUCAUUUGAAGAGCUGAUAAAUUGUGUACCAGAUGGCACACAUGGAAUACAAUGCAGUGAGACUUGCUGCACUAAAACCGAUCAUGCGGUGUACAACAAUGAUACGUGUAAUAUAUGAUGUGACGUGUACAUUUCUGACACCCCACCCAUGAUAUACACAGUUUGUAUAAAUGCAUACAUUUAAAAAUAUAUAUGUACAAUACAGCGAACAUAAGACUGUAGUAAGCCUGAAGGAUAUUUCUAGUGCCUAAUAUGGAGUGUAAGUCGCUGCGUGUUCAUAUCACCUUGGGUGUGCAGUAAUUGUUAUAAAACUUAUCCGUGCAGCCAACCAUUAUUUAUGAGUCACAUCUUUGAAGCUGUGCAGUAGUAUAUACAUAUAUAUUUUUAAAUAACAUUUUUCACAGUUUUCCAGAGUUACUGUUGAAACCUGUAUCACCAAAAAAAAAAAAAAAAAAAGGCAAGAUUUUUUUAACGAUGUAGACACUCUUCAGACCCAGUAAUCUGUGUGUGGUUUCUCCGUCUGUAGAUACCCAGAGACUCAGCAGUCACCAGCCUUAAUGCAUGUACAGGAUCCUGUUGUGACUUAAUUUAUCUGCAGUUUUUAAUCCAUGCGGAAUUGGAAUUUAUAAACGGACUUGGAUUAAAUAUGUCUGCCUUUCUAAGGUUGCAAAUGUUACAUUAAAUGAUUUAUGUUGUAAAUGAGA